ACGAGACGACAGAGUGAAACUUUAUUGAACCGCCGUCAGGCCCCCCCCUCCUCCCCGGUGCCACGAUGAUGGAGGAAUCGGUGUCCACGUUCGAGACGCAUCUGACGGCCGUCAUGGACAGCCUGAUCCGAGCCUCGGUGUGCGAGAUCACCAAGCUGUUCCAGGACAUGGUGAACGACUACCUGGUGGAGCUGUCCCUCAACCGGAAGGAGAACGACGCUCUGAAGCAGCGGCUGAGGCUCACGGAGAACAAGCUGAGGUCCGAGCGCAAGUACGGGAUGGGCUGGGCUGCGAACCGCCGCAACGCCGGGCUGACGGCGGCGGAGGAAGGAGCUGGAGGGCGGCAGAAACGGAGAGUGGAGGUGGCCCGAGGCAAGUCAAAGAAGGGCCCAGCAGCAGUCUAUGGCAAAGGCUGGCCUGGAGGUGUGUGGGAGGAAGGAGGAGGAGGAGGUGGUGGAGGAGGAGGAGGAAGAAGAAGAAAAAGAAGGGCAGGAGCUGUGGGGAUGGUGGCAGGAGCAGGAGGAAGAGGAAGAGGAAAAGGAAAAGGGGGGAAGGAGGCCAGGGAGAUGUACCUCAUCCAGUUCCCCGGGGAUGAAGAGGACGAGGGAGGGAUGAUGGAGGACGAGGAAGGGGAGGGCAGCCUCAGCGGUGAGGGGGAGGAGACGGCCAACAUCAAAGAGGAGUUUGCACAAACAGAGGGUUAUCAACCCGCCUCUCUCCAGCUAAUCAAGGAGGCUUUGAAGAUGGACCCGCCCAACCAGAACCUCCACACUUGCUCCAGAGCCCAAAGCAAAGGAGACCUGUCAGAUCCUCACUCGAGCCUUCAUUCCGAAGAGAGAGACGAUGAGGACUGGGAGUCGGACUCAGCCGAGCCGUCGGAGGGGGGCAUGACCAUGGAUGAGCUGAGGGGUCUGGAGUCUGCACUGAGGGCUGAGAGAGGCCGCGAACAGGCCGCCAUGACGGCCUCCGAGCCCGUCAGCCCUGACUCCGAGGUAGAGCAAGGCAGCAAGAGCAGCCUGGCACCCAAGUACAUUGGUCUCGAUGGAAUGGAGCACGACGAAGAGCUGGAGCCGCCCACCCUGCAGAGAGAGGAGCAGAUAGGGCAAGGACGGGCGAAGGACGCUGUGAGGGCCGGAGCGGAGCUGAGGUCCGGCUGGUUGAAGAAGUCAAGAGAGGACGACUCUGCUGCCUCUGUGACCGGAGAGGAGGUGGUGGAGCAGGAAGAGUCGGAAAACCUGCCCCACCUGUGUGCUCCAGGGAGUGUCGGGGAGAGCGGCGGGGAAGAGGAGGGCGGAGGGGACCUGCUCCACUUCUGCCCGCAGUGUGGAGGAGGCUUCACCUCGCAGGCUGAGCUGGAGGAGCACCCGUGUCCCCUGGGAGCCUCUCAUUUAGAAAACAGUGAAGAGGAAGGGCUUUUCCCGUGUGCCCACUGUGGCAACACGUUCAGCCACUCCUGGGCCCUAAAGAACCACGAGUGUGCGUGCGCCGCCGAGAGGCCGCACUGCUGCGAGAUCUGCGGGAAGCGCUUCACACACUCGCGCUCGCUGGAGCGCCAUCAGGUGGUGCACACAGGCGAGAGGCCGCACCGGUGCACUCAGUGCGGACGCAGCUUCAGCCGACUGGGCAAUUUGGAACGACACCUGCGGAUUCACACGGGUGAACGUCCGUACGGGUGUGAAGCGUGCGGGAAGCGGUUCAGUCGCGUGGAGUACUUAAAGAGACACCAACUCAUACACAGCAGUGAGAGGCGGCGCUCCAGUGCUCCAACUGUGGAAGCGGCUUUAGUGAUGUGGAGCAACUGAAAAACCACCAGUGUUUUUAGAGCCAAUCCUUCAAAUGUGUGACAGAACUGGAAAAAGAAAAGGCGGGUUUUUUAAAUUGAAUGUGGUUGAAUUCAGGUGAUAAAUGCGAUCGAUGGUGGAUGCUUAUUUUAUUCUCAGUGAUCUGGAGUUGCCUUUCAUACACGCUCCGACAGGAAGUCAAAUUAACUUUAAAAUGAAGAAGCGAUCACACGUGCGGACAAUUUUUGUGUAUUUUGAGUAAAUAAAGAAGGCAAAUGUCCAAGUUGACAGGAAGUCCGUUGUACCUGGUGUUUCUCUAUAUUUCAUUCUUCAGCCAUUAUAAUUUGAGGUGUGCUCAUUUGUAUGUACAAAGCUUGUACUUAUUUAUUAUGAUCAAAUUGUACAUUUCUGUCUUUUUUAUCAGUAACUCACUCAUGUUGCAGACAAUAUAAUUGAAAACUUGGUAUUUUGUAUGUUUGUGUUUUGGCCAUAUCGUUAAGAAAUAAAUAUUUAAAUUCAUCAGAAGGCCUUUUAUCCCUCAGUGUUUUCAUUUCCAGCUAUCAUAAGACAAGACAACAUUUAUUUUGUAAUUAAAUAGUGAAGGAGUCCAUUUACCCCUGAGUCUGAACAGACACCAUGCUGUACUUAGUGACCCAU